AUGGCGAUCCAAAAGAAGCACGGCAAGGGCCGUUUGGACAAAUGGUAUAAGCUUGCAAAGGAGAAGGGCUACCGAGCCCGUGCUGCUUUCAAACUUAUUCAAUUGAACAAGAAAUAUGGUUUCCUCGAACAGAGCAAGGUCCUCCUGGAUCUUUGCGCUGCGCCUGGUUCAUGGUGUCAAGUUGCCGCCGAGGUUAUGCCCGUAGGUAGUUUGAUUGUCGGUGUCGAUUUAUCACCUAUCAAGCCCAUCCCAAGAGUUAUCACGUUCCAAAGCGACAUUACGACCGAUAAGUGUCGUGCGACUAUUCGCCAGCAUUUCAAGACAUGGAAAGCAGAUACAGUUCUUCACGAUGGUGCGCCCAACGUCGGUACUGCCUGGGCGCAGGAUUCCUUCAACCAGGCCGAGCUUGCCCUUCAGUCUAUGAAGCUGGCGACUGAGUUCCUGGCUGAGGGUGGUACCUUUGUGACCAAAGUCUUCAGAUCCAAGGACUACAACUCCUUACUGUGGGUGCUGAACCAACUCUUUACCAAAGUCGAAGCAACAAAGCCGCCGUCGUCUCGAAACGUCUCCGCCGAAAUUUUCGUCGUCUGCCGUGGCUACAAGGCACCCAAGCGCAUUGAUCCACGAUUCUUGGACCCGCGAUCGGUUUUCGCUGACCUCGCCGGCGCCACGCCUAAUAAUGAGGCCAAGGUUUAUAACCCUGAAGUGAAGAAGAGAAAGCGAGAUGGUUACGAUGAGGACGAUUACCUGCAAUUCAAGGAAAUCUCGGCGAGCGAGUUCAUCCAGACUGCCGAUCCAAUUUCUAUUCUGGGAGAGUACAAUAAGCUCAGCUUUGUGCAGCCUCCAAAUGGGGAUGUUGCACUGGCAGCUCUUGAUCGCCUCCCAGAAACGACAGCAGAAAUCCGGGAAUACUGUAACGACCUCAAAGUCUUGGGACGAAGGGACUUCAAAAUUCUUCUCAAAUGGCGACUCAAAGUCAGAGAAAUAUUUGGUCUUGCCACCAAAAAGGACGCAGCGGCUCAGGAGGCCGAAGAAGUAGCGGAAAUCGAGCCGAUGGAUGAGGAGCUCAAGAUGCAAGAAGAGUUGCAAGCAAUCAAGGAUAAGGAGGGUGCGAAGAGGAAGAGAGAGAAGCGAAAAGAAAACGAGAAGAAGCAACGUGAGAUUGUGCGCAUGCAAUUGAACAUGGUUGCACCCAUGGACAUCGGUAUGGAAGAGUCAGGCCCCAUUGGCGAAGGUGCCAUGUUCUCUCUGAAGAAGCUCGACAAAUCAGACGCGCUACGACGUAUUUCUCGCGGGCGAAUGUCGGUCUUGCCUGCUGAUCAGAAAAGGGAGAAAGACAGUGGCCUGGGUUCAUCUGGAGAAACCGAUGAUGAGAGUGAUGAUGAUGGUGAUCGUCUUGAAGGUGAACUUGAAUCCAUGUACAAUCAGUACCAGGAGCGCAAAUCCGAGGCGGAUGCCAAGUACAGGGCAAAGAAGGCUCGCGAGGAGCACAAUGAUGAAGAGUGGGAGGGAGUGUCUGUCGAUGAAAAAUCGGAGGACAGCGACUCCAGUGAUUUGGAAGAGGAGGAUGGAGACUCAUCGGAUGAUGAGGGUGGUGCUUCUAAUGGUCUGUUGCGGGACUUGGACCAAUCCACUGGCGAAGGUGGUCUAUCAAGACAAGCAACAGCUUUCUUCAACCAGGAUAUUUUCAAAGGCAUGGACAGCGUGCUUGGCGGUCUCACUGGGCAGCAACCGGAGAGCGAAAAGAAGAAUGAGAAGAAGAGUGAGACGAAGGUUAAGACGAGCGAGUCCUCGGCUGAGCCUUCGAAGAAAGAAAAGAAGAAGUCGGCCAAGGUACAGAACGACGGCUGGAGUGAUUCCGACGUGGAGAUGACCAACAACAAGGGUGGGUUCGAGAUUGUCAAGACGGCGCCUGUGGAAGAUGAUGACGAUUGGGAGGAAGAGAGCGAGCGACGCAGGGAUAAACGGCCUGACAUCGACAUCAUUACAGCAGAGGCAAUGACGCUUGCUCAUCAGCUUGCGACUGGCCAGAAAACUACUUAUGAUGCCAUUGACGAUGGGUUUAACAAGCAUGCACUCCGAGACCGCGAUGGUUUACCAGACUGGUUCAUAGACGACGAGGGCAAGCACGACAAACCCCACAAGCCCAUCACCAAGGAGGCUGCCAGGGCAAUCCAAGAGAAGAUGAGAGCAUAUAACGCACGACCGAUCAAGAAGGUGCGCGAGGCCAAGGCCAGGAAGAAGUUCAAGGCUGCCCAGAAGCUGGAGAAGCUGAAGAAGAAAUCCGACAUGCUCGCCAACGACCAAGGCAUGACGGAGAAGGAGAAGGCGGACAGCAUCUCCAGACUGCUCAGCAAUGCAGCCAAGAAGAAGCGCACAGCACCCGCCAAGCUGGUCGUUGCCAGGGGUGUGCACAGAGGUGUCAAGGGAAGGCCACAGGGAGUGAAGGGUCGUUAUCGUAUUGUGGACCCAAGGAUGAAGAAGGAAUUACGGGCUCAAAAGAGGAUAGCACAGAAGAAGAAGAGGUAG